GGGUCUGCUGGUGGGGUGGUAGUGGGGCUGCCAGCUGGGCCGGUGGAGGGGAACAGCCUGUUCAGUGCUGAGCAAACAGCGCGACUCAUUUACGCUCCUCUGAAGCCACAGCUUGUUCCCAGUGUCUGGUUUUACUCAUGGAACACAUUUGCGGUAACCGGUCUUAAAUUUUCUCAACCAAGUGGUUGGUACUAAAAUGAUAUGGGUGGCUGUCAUUGGUGAUUGGUUCAACCUCAUAUUUAAAUGGAUUUUAUUUGGCCAUCGCCCUUACUGGUGGGUGCAAGAAACAAUGAUUUAUCCUAAUCAGUCAAGCCCAUGCCUUGAACAGUUUCCUAUAACAUGUGAAACUGGACCAGGAAGCCCAUCUGGACAUGCCAUGGGAUCAUCUUGCGUCUGGUACGUAAUGGUCACAGCAGCACUUAGCUACACAGUUAGAUGGAAAGAUAAAUCAGCUGUUACUCUUCACAGAUUAACAUGGUCAUUCCUCUGGAGUAUUUUUUGGAUUAUCCAGAUCAGUGUGUGCAUCUCAAGAGUAUUCAUAGCAACACAUUUCCCUCAUCAAGUUGUUCUUGGAGUAUUUGCUGGAAUUCUUGUGGCAGAAGCAUUUGAGCAUACCCCUGCUAUUCAGACAGCAAGCUUGAGAAUGUACAUCAAGACAAACUUGUUUCUUUUCAUCUUUGCCCUUGGCUUUUAUCUAUCCCUCAAGCUUCUUGAUAUUGACUUGCUAUGGUCUGUUCCAAAGGCCAAGAAGUGGUGUGCCAACCCAGACUGGAUAAACAUUGACACAACUCCAUUUGCUGGACUGGUGAGGAAUUUAGGUGCACUCUUUGGUUUAGGUCUUGGAAUUAAUUCUGAAAUGUUCAUCACAAGCUGCAAAGGUAUAAAUAGCUGCAAGAUAAGUUUCCGCAUAUUGUGUAUAGCUGCUUCUUUAGCUACCCUGCAGCUGUAUAAUUUUGUUAAGAUACCUACUCAUACUGAGUAUUUGUUCUACAUUCUCUCUUUUUGUAAGAGCGCAGCUAUGCCUCUGACUGUAGUUGCCUUGGUUCCGUACUGUGUCCACUCAUUAAUGAGGACAACUGAAAAGAAACUGAAUUAGGUAAAGUUUCAAAAUGGUUAGCAAUGUGGGGAUGGAUGUGAACUGUUUGAGAGCCCUCUGCAAAGGCAGUUUUGCUAAUUCAUUUAAACCAAGGGGAUGCCACUGCAUCUUUGAGGUAUUCCUGGUAAGUAACCAGUACAUCCAAAAUCAGUACACUCAAACAGCUGAGAAAUAUUAGUUGCUGAUUUUAUUCCUAGAAAUAUUGGAAGCACACUGCAGUAUGGUUAGAAAUGGCCCAAUACUCUGGGUCAUAAUGAAAUUUUAAAGUAUAACCAACCAUCUUUAUUUAGCCAUAUGGUGGUGUUUUAGUUCUGUCCAUUUCUAGCUAGAUAAUGCUUCAAGCAUGAGUUGUACAUAGUGAUACUCAAUAUUUUUUUUUUAAUAAAUAGAUACUGUGCGUUAUACUGCUACAUAAUGGUGUGACAUUAUCACUCCACCUACUGUACAGCUGUACCUAGGCACUGUGAAAAAGGCCAGCAUAGUUAUAAACACGGCUUUAAUUUAUUGAGCUUCCUGAGCAAACCAGCUUCUGAUUAAGUCAGAUGAGAAAAAAAGAAGUUUAUUGCCAUUGGACUCUGUAGAAUAUAUUUUUGCAUUACUGUGUGGUUUUUGUCAUUUUUACUUUUUGAAAGUGGUCAUAUGAAUUAUGAAUGAUACAGAUCACACCUUCAAUAGGGAAAAUGCUUAAAUAUGGUGUAAAAAAUCUUUGGUUUUUGUACAUCUACACAGAGCAACAAAUGAAAAAAGUUGUCAAUAAUGAAAUUAUCUCAGUAGAUGACCUCAAGGAUGUUGUUCAUGCUCCUGUAUUGCAAAGGUAAUUCCCUGCUAAUUCUCUCAGAUCCACAGUCACAAGCCUGAAUCAUUGUUAGUAGUUGUGUAAACAUGAAAAUAUGGUUGCAGACUGUCACUUCAAGUUUCUAUUCUUUAACUAAGCACACAAGUAACUAAUAUGUUGAAUAUAUGUUUGCUAUAUAAAAUGGAUUUUCUAAAGGGA